ACGAAUGGUUUGCGAAAUUUGCAUUUGAUGAUCAUCCUCCUAAGUCAAUGAAAAUGAUUGAUUAAUUUGGUGUCUUAUUCCCUGUCUGUUAUCAAGAGAAAACAAUCUUAUUUAUUUAGAUGCAAGCCAAACGAUAUUACCUAACCGAUGAACACUGAUGAAUUUCCGUUGUAGCCAUUCGCUAUUGCCACGCGCAGUUAUGGAAGCAUAGGCUCUUUGAUAUGUCACUCACGAGGUUGGCGGUCUGGUAGCAAUGAGCUGAAAUUGGAUUUCAAAACUUAUUGCACCUUUGGUCCAUCAUUACAACCACGGGAGUCCUCUUUUGAGAAACACGACGUCUCUAAGAAGCUCGACUGAAGAGCUACACGGCACUGAACUACUAAUUAAGACAUUAGCUCUGCCUUUCCCCUCAAACGAGUAAUGAUGCAUCUUUAUCUAAUGACAAGGAUAGCCCUGACCUGUGUUUUUCUAGACAUGUACGCUCUAUCAAGUGAUACGAGACUUUCAGGGUACGAUAUUCUAACCUCGAGACUUCCUUUGGAGGUUGAUCCAAUACUGAACCUCAACACCGUUUGCAAGAACACACCGUCUUUAAACAGAGAACAGCUGGAACUUUGUAAAACGCAAGCCGAUGUUGUUGCUAGCGCGUUACAAGGAGCUCAAAUGGCUGUACAUGAAUGUCAAGAACAGUUUGCCUACAGAAGAUGGAACUGCUCGUCCUUGGAGACCAAAAACAGCAAUCCUUUGACAAGUGACUUGUUAGCGAGAGGUUUUAGAGAGACAGCUUUUGUGCACGCUAUCAUAUCUGCCGGCAUGACACAAGCAAUUGCAACAUCGUGCAGCAUGGGUAAACUUGGAACGUGCGGAUGCGACGAAACCGUUAAAGGAGAGGGUCGAGGCUGGAGCUGGGGCGGAUGCAGCGACAACGCCGUUUACGGUGCCGCUUUUACUGCCGAUUUUAUGGAUUCUCGAGAAAAAGGAACAGAUAUAAAAUCGCUGAUGAAUCUCCACAACAAUCAAGCAGGACGUCUGGCUGUUCUCGUCCACAUGAAGACUAAGUGAAAAUGCAUUGGAGUGUCCGGCUCUUGCAGUUUGAAAACUUGUUGGAAGACUGUUCCAGAAUUUAACGAAGUCGGAACAAUUCUUAAGGAGAAUUACGACUAUGCAAUCCUUAUUCGGGUGAGCAACAGGAAUCGCGGCAAAAUAAGACCGCUACAGCGGAAAACAAAAACAUUCAAACACGAUGAGUUCCGAAAAAAUCUAGUCUAUUACGAACCCUCGCCAAGUUACUGUGAUAAAGACGACUCGCAAGACAUACCUGGAACUAAAGGACGAAUGUGCAAGGUUGAUUCUCUAGGAAGCGACAACUGUGACACUCUCUGCUGUUCACGAGGAUACAACACGAUACACGCCACAAUAACGAGAAGGUGUCGCUGCCACUUUAACUGGUGUUGUUAUGUCUUGUGUGAGGAGUGCGUGGAGAAAGCGUGGGUAACCAUCUGCAAAUAGUAACGUUAGCCUCUUCUUGACUGUGCUAUAUAGUGUAACCAUGUUUAUCACAGUAUCAGCUGGAAAACUCUCUCGCCUCGUGUUAAAAGACAGUUUCUUCUCAAAGGGGAAAGCUUUUCCUCUAGAAGUUCUUCCAAGUGAGUGGCCAUUUGGCGUCGCAAGCCUCGAUAAGCAUUUCGUGCGGAUGGUCUCUUCAGAACCAUAUGCAAGAGAACCUUUUCCGAUAGUGAUGAAGAUGGGUUUUAAAGAAUGUUCAUAUUAAAUGUAAUUUUCAUAAAACACAAGACAUGUAUGAUAUCGGUAGUUUUGAAGACGUAAUAGCCCUUAUCGCAUUUGUGUCUGCAAUGCAAAGGGUUCGCGGAGUUACAGUUUCAGGACGAGGCUAUCGGGUC